UGCUUGUGAGGGGAGGGUGUGCCGCGCGGGUCUCCGGACAAACCUGACACCUUUCAAGCGUUCCAGUGCAUCGUUUCUCACACGCGUGCUUGUGAAUGUGGAUUAGUGAGAGAAAGCGCGUGGUUUCGACCCUGUGUACUGCUGACUUCGUAAAACCACGAUAAGUGGGCGAAACAGCGACACAAACAUGAUUAACCUCUUAUUUCUUCUGUUUACCUCCAAUUAUGUGGCUGGCGUGUGCUACUUCCCGGUGGAGUAUCAAGGCAUUUUCGCUACUCAGUCCAGUAUCUCCACUAUCUCCGAGGGAUCUCUACAUCAGUACUCACAGGUGACCAUCCUACCGGACGCCAUCCCUGUGUGGGGAGUAUGUCACAAGAAGUUCAACAAUAACGUCAUCCUGCGGGACCCUACAGCAGGAGACGACUGCUUCAGAUGCUUCCAGAUCUCACUACAUUCUCGCAACGUUAUACAGAUCUAUACAGAGGGUCUCAACAAGUGCUAUUCUACAGAGCUGGCUGCCCACCAGACCUGCCCGACUCUACACUCCGUUAAGACCAAGAGAGCCAGCGAAAUUAUGCUCUAUAAGUCACGCAGCUUCACGCAAGACGGUCUGAUCGACCGCGUCUUCUGCCCCAUCAACGGACGAUUUCGCUUCACUUACGACGUCAACGAUGGCACGGAGAGCUCCGUCGAGUGCCCGGAAGCCACCUCCGAGCUCUCCAACUGCCCCAGGGGCUCUGAACUCCAGCUUAGGUUUCGUCGGUGUUCCUUCGGGGAGCUGAACAUGGGACUGCGGUGCCUGGGAGACUGGGAGGGCCACGAGGGCCACAAGUACCUGGCACUGUGGGACCCAGCUGUCACUACUGACACUCAACCACGCUACCGCUGUGCUAUGUAUUCAGUGGAGUCUGCCACUGGUCGGGUCUUCGUCAGCUUCAGCAUCGACGCCACCUGUACCAACCACCUGCACAGCCCCUGGGAUGGGUACGAGGCCAUGGUGCUGACGCCCCUUCCCCCGCCCACACCCCCGACCAUUCUGCACACCACCGCCUGCGCCUUUCCCCGCUGGGCGCAGGGCUCCUGGCAACACCUGCAGAUCGACGCCAAGGAGCUGUGGGUGCAGGAUGACGGUGCUGACAAGAAGUACCAGACGUUGUGUCUUUCUCAGCACGCCCCGCAUGGUGAGCGGUACGCCCUCUACUCCAAGACACAGUGUGGGGACGAGGAGUUCAGCUGCAUCUGGAUCAAGAAGAGAGCUGUCAACGUCAUUGAGUACCAGAUGGCAGCCUACCCCAGCGCUCAGUACAACGCCUCCAGGGUGUGCUCCGACGAUAUGUUCCGUGGACAAGAGUGGUCAACGCAAGGACGUCUGGACCCGGAGAACCUAUCAGGGUGCCCCAUCACUGGGGAGUAUACCGGGGUUAUACCUGAUGCCCAGGAGCUAUGUGCUCGCCUCUCCUCCGUCUGUAGCGACCCACAGCACAUGCACUACACCGUCCAUUCCUGCUUCAACCACAGCGAGAUAUAUGAAGGUGGUGGUGAUGCGAUGGUGGUAGAUGGUGGUAGUGGUGGCCACCCUGGCGCGGGUGGUGAAAGCCGCAGGCGGCGCCGCCGCCGCCGCCGCGGUGGCGUGUACCGCGUAUGGGACCCCCGCGCCCUGUUGGGUACCCGGGGCACGCGUCACGCGCUCCGCCACGCUCCGCGCCAGCUCUCCUGGGCGCACGGCCGCGCCGCAGAGCUCGGCUGGUCGGCCGAUGCGCAGUUCACCACCAUCGGGGCGCAGCCUCGACGCAGAGAGCGCCCCACCAAGCAGAUCUAUGUCUUCCGCAACGACGAGAUCCACACCCCUUCGCCGCAGGCCCAAGCGCAGGCGCAGGCACAAACUCAACAGGAGCCACAAGUCAUGGGUCAGACUGUGGGUACUACCAGGCUGCCCUACCCACACGAGCGCCCCUUCUAUUUCCGUGUGGAGGCGCAGGAAUCUGCGUGGGCGCACCUGCGCGGCCAGGACCCCGUCACUAUUGAAGAGCGUGAGUACCGGUGUCUAGGACAGUGGUCAGAGGGAGGUGUGAUGUACACUUACACUCACCGCCGCGACGUGGACACCUACGAGUGCUUCGCUGGGGUAGUGGUCAACACCAACGAGAUCUUCAUCAUCGAGGCUGGCACCAGCUGCAAGAGGGGUCUGCAGCCCCUGGCCUACGGCAUGAAGCUCGUCAGGCAGGCCACGUGUAGUGAGAUAGAAGCCAGGUCAUCCAACCCCCCGACCUCCCUGGAGGUGACCUCCCUGCCUCCCUGGUGGCCUCCCACCACCAAGAACACCUGGAUCAAGAAGACUGUGACAACCAACACUCCCACCUGGAAUAAUGAGAUUGCCCGAGCAGCUCACUCGAGCAGCACCAGAGGCUGCUCAGAACUGCUGCUGAUGCUCACCCUCCUGCUGCUGGCUGCUUUGUGAUCCUGCUCCCUGCUUGUGACGUCACUCACCUGCCCCCGCCCACUUACGUCUCAUUGGACAAGCUUCCUGUGAACCCUUACGUCACGGGCGUCAUCUACCACUCAUCUCGCAUGCCAGCCGUGACGUCAUCCUCAUCAACUAAUGAUUGAAGAAGAAACUAUUACGUCAUGGAAGGUCACCAAUCAUAUUGUUUCUAGAUAUAUUAUCAGAGAUUAUUAUUAUUAUUAUUAUUCACGGGAAAACGCCAAACCCGCAUGGGUGAUGCAGCGCCUGGGGAAGUGGAGGUAAUGAAGUUAAAUCCAAAGGUAAGUAGAGUAGCUCGGAGCCCUUGGAUCAAGAGCCUUGGAGCAGCAUCAAGAUGGCCAUUUUGAAGGGCAGGGCUCACCCUAGUGUAAGACGCUAUUACCAGCAGUAUUUGUGGGUGUUAUUGGUUGUUUCACAUGACGCAAUCGAGUCACCUUGCUUCACAAGACGCAAUCAUUUUUGCCUCACAUAAGGCAGUCAUCUUGCUUCACGUGACGCAAUCAUUCAUUCUGCUUAAUAUGGAGCAGUUACUUUGCUUCAUAUGAAGCCACUAAUCAUUUUGUUUCACAUGACGCAAUCCUCAUGCAUCACAUGAAGACACGAAUCAUCUUGCUUCACAUGACGCAGUCAAAUCAUCUUGCGUCACAUAACGCCAUCUCUGGUAUCUAGUUUCCAUCGCUCGUGUGCGGCUCCUCUUGCUUCUAGUCAGUCUUCUCACCCAUAUGUACAUAAUAUCCGGAGUUUAUAGUAUCCAGAGUUUGUAAUAUCUGAAGUUCGUAAUAGCCAGAGCUGGUACUGUUAGUAUUUUUUGAGAAUUUCCUCAAAAUCUGUGAUUUUUGUCAAAAAAUUUUUUGAAUUUCCCCUCCAAAUUUGGUGGAUUUGUCUCAGAUUCGGUGGAAAUUUGGUAAAUUUUCCCCAAAUUUUCGUGAAUUUCCCCAAAAUGGCGACCAGCUUUCCCAAGAACCAAUUUUUAAGUGAUAAAUUCUGCCUUAACGUUCGCGUAUGCGUUCACUUUUAUUUUCAUUCCAGAAUUGAUCGUACAAGUCCAUCAAUGAACGCCGUGUCAUUAAUUUUCACUCAUAUUCAUCAUCUCUGUUUUCAUUUAUCGAAAUUUUUAAUAGUGGAAUGAACGACGUAAAAUGGAAACAAGAAGAUAUUGAGAAGAAUGUUGGAAUGUUAAAGUUUAUCUAUUGAGGUCCUCUUCAGUAGACUAUUGAAAAGGGCCUCGCCCUGAAGUUCUCUUCAGUAGACUAUUGAAGAGGGCCUCACCCUGAAGUUCCUCUUCAGCAGACUGCUGAAAAGGUCUCACCCUGUGGUCCUUUUUAGUAGGCUAUUGAAGAAGGCCUGGCCCUGAGGUCCUCUUCAGCGGACUGUUGAUCAGCGUCCACAUUGCCAAGCCGAAAUAUGCAAAACUCUUCGUAUCAGUUACUGUAUUGUGCCCGACGUACGUCAGGAAUGGACGUACGUCGCUUACUUAAUUCACUACUAUUCCUCUCCCCCACUAUGUAUAAUAAGUUCAUAAUAAAUGUAUAUCAUAUGUAUAUUAUAUGUAUAUUAUGUGUAUAUUAAAUGUAUAUUAUAUAAAGUGCACCGCUACAGUGUGCUUCUCUCCCAGUAUUUUUGUCAUUUAAUGAGAAAAUGUUUAUGAACACAAAUGUGUAUGUUCACAUAUGUGUAUGUUCACAUAUGUGUAUGUUCACAUAUGUGUAUGUUCACAUAUGUGUAUGUUCACAGAUAUGUAUGAACACGAAUAUGUAUAUUCACAGAUGUGUAUGAACAUGAAUGUGUAUGUUCACAGAUGUGUAUGUUCACAUAUGUGUAUGUUCACAGAUGUGUAUGUUCACAUAUGUGUAUGUUCACAUGUGUAUGUUCACAUAUGUGCAUGUUCACAUAUGUGUAUGUUCACAGAUAUGUAUGAACACGAAUAUGUAUAUUCACAGAUGUGUAUGAACAUGAAUGUGUAUGUUCACAGAUGUGUAUAAACACAAGAUACAGUAUUUUUUCCCCUUUAAAAAGAAGCCAAAUCAUGCUUUACUUUCUCAGUGUCGAGUUGCGACUCUCAGUGUUGAGUUGCGACUCUCAGUGUCGAGUUGCGACUCUCAGUGUUGAGUUGCGACUCUCAGUGUUGAGUUGCGACUCUCAGUGUUGAGUUGCGACUCUCAGUGUCGAGUUGCGACUCUCAGUGUUGAGUUGCGACUCUCAGUGUUGAGUUGCGACUCUCAGUGUUGAGUUGCGACUCUCAGUGUCGAGUUGCGACUCUCAGUGUUGAGUUGCGACUCUCAGUGUUGAGUUGCGACUCUCAGUGUUGAGUUGCGACUCUCAGUGUUGAGUUGCGACUCUCAGUGUUGAGUUGCGACUCUCAGUG